AUGCUGCCUAUUCCACGACAAGGCUGCAGGUUGAGAACCACUACCAGACUAUCGAGAAUUCCGUCCGUCCGUCGACUGGAUACAGAUGGGGCAUGCACUACAAAUAUACCACAAAAGCGGCAGUUAUAUUCACCCCGCGGUGAUGUCACUGGCAGGCCUUUGGCAUACGCCCCGAUACGCUGGCCUGGAUCAACAAACAGUCCUCGCCACAGGCUCCUGAAUUCAGGUCCGAUGACUGCCAGUGUCCACAGACAUUCGUCUCCAGUGUCAUAUGACCGGAGUUAUUCAACGAGCCAGUCAUCAAAAAAAGUGACGGUGGAUGAUUAUAUUCAAGAAAUAGAGGACUUAUACGCAAUCGCCAAGGAUGAGUUAGAAAUAGCGUCUGAGUCUACUGCCGCGGCCACGAUAUAUGCUGCAUCGGACCGUAUAUCCAUGCGCGAAGCUUUUGAUGACCUUAACCAUGCAUACGGCGCUUAUGCCGAGAACAACCCACCGCCAGAAGAUAUCGGGUCAAAAGAUGGGGAGAACCGUACUGGUGUUGCAGACGUGCGUUCCACAUCCUACGACCCGACCAAUAUUCCCGCGGAUGUCCGGGCGGAAAUCAAAAGAAGAGUUGGUCAUAGGAUAAGAGAGAUAGAGAAUGCGGUUAAAAAUCUAGAAGAGAGUGCUCAGCACGAGUAA